CUGUCGUUAAAACUACAACAUUUAUAUAGGUAAUUUAUAUAAUAGUAAUCUUGAAAACCAAAAAAUAUUUUUAUACAUUCCACCAUAGUUACAAAAGUAAAACAUACAUGGCUAGUAGCCAUGGGCUACAUAUUAAUAAUAUAGGGUGCGUAGUUUGAUAACUUUCAAUUAUUCUUACAAAAUAGAUUAAAUUAUUUUAAGUCAGAGCUUAAUCAGGGAUUGUCCGUCGUAUUCCAUACCGCGGUGUUUGCCGUCGGAUUCAAUAAUUAUUAUUUGUUGUUUUCUAUUUGAGUGGCCAUACAUGACAGAUAUGACGACUGAUUCUCCUCAACGGAAAACUCCGACGAGCCUGUGUUUUUUUGUUUGGUGUACGCUGAAGUAAUAAUAGUAAAAAUUGUACAUGUAAAACAUGUUAUUCAAUUAGGAUGGACUAUUAUAUAGGUUACGAAAACAGAAAACGCCGCGUUUAGUGUAUUAUUUACUCGGCGGAAUACGUGGACGGAUACUACUCGUAUAACAGUGGAAAACGCCACGUAUAGCCCCAGCCUUGAUAUUAUAAAGUUGUUAAGUAUAUUUUGAUACGUUGUUACUUUUAUAUAGUGCAAUAUUGUUUUUGUGGUCUUAAAUAAUGCGAAAAUCGUUGGCGAGGAUUGUAUUCUUCACCUUUAUUUACAUUUUCUUGAGUUCGUUUUGUUCCUUGUAAUCUUGAUUAUCUUGGUAAUAAAAACUAUAAAAUAUAAUAUUAUUUUCUCUACGUCGCCAUUUAGAGGAGAACAAGAGAAACGACCGUAAAAUCUUGUCGGCCCGGGGCCUUUUUGCACUGUCUUCCCAAUUCUCUUCUGUAUCCGUUUAGUUUUUAUUUUCGUCGAUUUGUUCCCGGGGAGAAAACCCCUCUUUCUCCCUGGGUGCACACACAAAAGUCUGAAAGUUAUCUUUAAUGGAGGGGUAUGAGGUAAAAAUCUUCGUUGAUGUUUUUCCUUCUGCAAAUAAUAAUAAUGGGCUUUUCGACAUCCCUUUACAGUGGUAGCGACAUGAAUAUUUAUUAUAAGUUUUAACACUGCAGGGGCAAAGAAAAAUCGUCCCACAAACCCACGGCACCUCUUUACUCCCCUUAUAUAAUAUAAUAUGUAUAAAUAUUAUAUAUACUUUGCUGCUUUUGAAUAUAUUGAAUUUUUUAUUGCUCAUCUCCGCCGCCUGGGCAUUUCCAACCCUCGCGGUCUAACGGCUUCUCGGUACAUGCAUUACGUGAAUUUCGUACCGCAGACGAUCGAUGUCGCACGUUUAUCGAUGAUAAUCGCGAGCCACAAUCGUUUAAAAUAAAAAAGUGCCUAAUGCUCCGUAAUAUUAUCGUAUUUUUUUCUAUUCGAUUACACCGAAAGCACAGGUCGAUAUUUUUUAAAUAAAAAAAUUAUGAGGAAGUGCUGUUAUAUAUAUAUAUAUUAUAUACUACGAUUGCUGGUUACUAUACUUUUUCUCUCGCUGCAGACGUGCGGGAAUUUUCUCUCAUGUUUUUCCACUUUCACAGCGCACACUUGUGCGCAAGUCUACCAAAGUUUUUACGACCCUUGGGGGAAAUACUAGUGAUGGUGAACGGUGGUAACCAGACGGCGGUGUGUGUUCGAAGAGAGACGCGUGCGCGCCGUACCGCGUUUUCCCUUCCCGGCCACCGUCGUCGCAUCAACAACAAUACGGCGGGUGGCGUGUUCGGCUGCUACCGUAGCACCAAGCACGAGUCACAUCAGUAGUCACUUGGUGAGCUUGCGCGCGCGCCGUCGUGCACGUACGUGUUUAUGGUCUGCCAGUCCGUCGCGGUCGUCGCCGAAAUCUGAUUCUCGCGCACGUGUUCGUCUGUGCGUGUUCCUAGUUCGUUUUUUUCCCGCCCAUUUAUAAAAUAAUAAAAGUUUAAUCGACCGUCAUUUCGAUCGAUCGUUGAUACGAUUUUUAUUCCGAUCGACACGGAAACGCCCGACGUGUAGUCCUUAUAGCAGAUCGUCGUCCGAUACCCGCCCGUCCUCGAUCAUGCUUCUUUUGAAAAAUGCCGCCUUUUGAACACAGUAUUUCCGCAACCGCUAUGACCGUGGACAGACCUUGUUUCAACGACCGGCCGGGUUCAGAUAAUUCUGAUCUCUUCAGGACCAGUCUGGUUUCCAGGAAAGAUGAAUUACCAGGAAGAAUUUCUUCUGAACCUAUCCAGAAUUUACCUGCUACGGUCUCUAAAGAACCUAUAUCAAUAACACCACCAAGUCGACAACCUACUCCCCCAUUAGUUAAUGGUAUAGAGUUUGAUAGCCAUUCGACGCCUGAAACAACCACAACAUCUACGACUCAUAUUAGGCCCUCACAAAAUCCUAUGUUACCACCUCCUUCAACUACUCCUCGGGCUCUACAGGUGUCUCAACCAAAAUGUCCAUCACCUACGAUACCUCCAGCAUCCACGCCCCCUACUACACCUAAACCUCAAAGUACACAUGUGAAUGGACAUGAACCUUCAACAACUCCUGCUACAGUUACGUCGAGGUAUUCCCCAGUACCAUCUUCAGGGCUCAAUAGUCCUCGAAAUUUUUCAACGAAUCCGGUACCACCACCUACGAGUGCGCCGCCAUACCAAACACCGCCUCAAGCGUGUCCAUUGUCUUUGAGCAUAACAAAUUCUUACAUUACUCCUUCAACGUCUCAACAUCCAGUCUUAUCCCACGCAGCAUCGAAUUACAUCCCAAAAUCUUCUAAUCAAACACCAUCUCCUCACCAACAUAGUUCUCCUUAUAUGCAAAAACCAAACAUGAUAUACCAUCCACCUCACGGGGCUCCUUAUCCCUCGCCUAAUUAUCAUCAUAGUCCAUAUAAAUCUACCCCGUCGUUAUUGGCUACAGUGUCUAGUGCAUAUAUGCCAUAUUCUACCCCCCAGUCAUCUACAGUGACUGUAUCUGCUUCUUCUACGAUUCCUAGCACAUCCAGUAGUCCGAUAACAACGACAACGCCCGUAAACAAUUUUAGCUCUCCAUACCAACCUCCUGUCCAUCAACAACAUUAUCCACCGUUGUAUGCUCCGUACAGAAGUACUCCAUAUAUGCCAUCUGCGCUAUCAAAUGCAGCCAGAUUAAGUCGAACUUCUCCAAUGUCUGUGAUAUCAACAAAAUCAAGUGUUGUGUCAGCGCCUCCUCUUGUUGCACCAACAGUUGCUGCUGCUUCUACUUCUACUACCACUACUGCAUCAAUUUUGAGUGGACACUCUGUGUUAGGUAGAGGGCAGUCGCCACGAGGACCAAGUCCAAACCGAGAUCGUGAUAGUUAUAAUAUUUUAAACCGAAGUAAUGGCCCUCCCUUAAAUUCUCCUUCGUCGUUCAAUACUUCAUCAUUAGCAUUACCCCCUGCUGCUACUCCAACAUUAGCACCUACUGUUUCAUCUUCAGCACCUUCUAGUCUUGUAUAUAAUAAACCACAAUUAUGGGGUCCAAUGGGAAACAACAGUAUUGCGACAUCUACAAUGGCAAAUAUUACUCGACAACAUCCAUCAUCAUACCCCCCUCCGUUGUUUUCUUCGCCGGUAUCUACCGCUACGUCACAAUCUUCUUCAUUGCCAUCAGCACCACCUGCUCAUAAUCCCUUUUCCGCUGAAUCUUUAUUUCAAUCAAAUCAAGCUGACAUGUUAAGGAGAGAACUAGACUCAAGGUUUUUAGCAUCAUCACAAGAAAGAACUUUGGGUGUUGGUGCACCAUACUUACGGACAGAGAUGCACCAUCACCAACAUCAACAUACUCAUGUUCACCAACACACAGCAACACCACUAAUCCCUGCUGUAGCUGCAACUACUACAACGAUACCUAAUGCUUCAACAAUACCACCAUCACCAACUUCAGCGUUAUAUCCUCCUCCACUGUUUAAAGAUAUACCCAAAUUGGGAGGAGUUGAUUCACCAUUUUAUAGGCAGAAUUUACUGUCUGGUAGCUAUCCUGGAUUUACACCAGGCCUAUUGCAUUCUUCAAUGGGUCACACACCAUUUACACCACCAAAUCAUAUGCCGACAUUUACACCAAAACAGUUAACUGAUACAUCUAAGCCUACAAAGUCAAGUAAACCUGGAAAGUGGAAUGCAAUGCAUGUGCGAUUAGCCUGGGAAAUUUAUCAUUAUCAACAGAAACAACAGGUUGCAGAAACCAAAAAUGUUGCAAACAAUCCGGUGCCAAAGACUGAAUUAUUAAGGCCACCCACACAUUUAUUUCCACCUAGCCGACCACCGCACGAUCUCUCCCCGUUUACAUCGCCUCAUCAUCAUCAUCAUCCGGGAUUGCCUCCAGGCUAUCCGCCUAUGGGUCCUGCAGCAAUGUUUACGAGGUACCCGGCUGGAUUUCCACCAAUAUCCUCAUUCCCACCCAAUCCCAUGAAUGAUCCAUGGGCUAGGUUACAGCCUUCUCGUGGACUACCUACACAAAACUCAGCAUACGGGCCUUCUGGAGGUUGGCCAAUAAAACCAGAUCCUGUAGAAACAGAACGAGUAGAACAGCAACAACGAGAACGAGAAAGAGAACGGGAGCGAGAACGUGAACGGGAAAGAGAACGCGAAAAAGAAAGGGAGAGAGGUCGAGAAAGAGAAAGAGUGAAACGCGAAGAAAAGAGAAGGCAUAUGAUUCAACAGCAGCAAUUGCAGCAUCAACAACAACAACAGCAACAGCAGCAGCAGCAUCAACAACAGCAGCAGCAACAACAUCAACAUCAACAACAACUUCAACAUCAACAGCAACAGCAACAUUUACAACAUCAACAUCAGCAACAACAACAACAAGUAGCUAAAAUGAGAGAACGAUCACCUCUAAAAGAUCCUAAUUUGAUGUCCAAAGAAGAUGAUUUAAAUAAUAUGAUGUUGGGUCGCAUUCCACCUCCAUCUCAUUACCUUCCUCCACCUCCAAGACAUCCUCAAAGAGCUACACAUCUACCAACACAUUUUUCACCAUGGGAUCAGUAUAGAUAUGAUUCUUUGAGGUUCAGUCCAUUAAUUGCUGCAGCUGCUUACAGAGCUGAAGAAGAAGAACAUAGAGCCAAAUUAUUUGGUUACCACCCUCAAGCCCAUUUAAGACCAAAAGACCCAUCUCCUAACACUCAUCGAUCAAUGCCUCCAGAUAUGCAACUACCUAAAAAAGAAGAAUCUUCUCAAUCUAGGUAGUCCAAAACUUAAACAGUUUUUGAAUUUGAAUAUAUAUUUAUUUUUAUAGUCAAAAUAUUGACAAAAUAAAUUAUACGUUAAUUUAUUCUUUUAAUUUCUCACCACUACCCUUAUUAGUGUCCUUUAAACAUAACUAUAUUAUUCUUCUAUGUAUACA